AUGUCUAGAAAAAUCUACAAUUUCUUUACAAGCACGCUGGCACGGCAUCAGUCAGUUGCCCUCAGUACCCAAGAACACACCCUUUCACUUUCCGCUGCCCACACAAGCCAAAUGGCCUCCAACGCCCUCACCCCCUUCAUGUACCAGCUGCAGGAGAGUCUUCGCAACGUCGACCUCAGGAACUUCAUCAGCAACGACCUCAGCAACUGGUUCGGCAAGGUGGACUUCAAGACGGUGGGUUUCGUGGCUCUGGCGGCGUUGGUCGUGCUGCUGGUCCUGGACCUGUUCACCAAGAGCCCCACCCCCUUCGGCAGGAGCCUAGUGUCCUCUGUGGCCAACGCCUGGGACAGCGCAGACCAGACGGGGCUCAGCCAGUCCCUCCGCGGAAGCCGUUCGCUGGAGCCCUUGGCAACUGUCCUGGAUGCGCUGACGAAGGAGGUGAAGAAGUGGGAGGCGCCGGCGGACAGCGCUGUCAGGAACCGAGCCUUCUAAGACACCAGAGAGUUCCGCUGGACUCGGUUAUUUGGGUCGUUAUUAUACCUCUAAUGUAAAUAUCACAAUGUCUAGAAAGAAUGUACAUUUCCUUUACGUUUGUUUGCGGGCAAGCAAACUAUCUCGUUUUCAGCCAUCAUGGCUAUUUCCAUAACCCAUAUUUAUACACUUUAUUACUUCUUCGUUAUUAUUAUCAUUCUCACUGUUAUAUCACUGAGUGCAUUCACAGUGAAUGAACCAGAAAUACAAAAAUCAAUGAA